AUGGCCGAAGAGGAACCUCAAGCAAUGGACGCAACUGUGGAAGAGCCGACUGAGCCGCUGCCCGAGUGGGGCGAGGACAUAUCCCCGGAGAAAGACGGCACGCUGUUCAAAACGGUCAUCCACGAAGGUUCUCCCGACGACGGAAGCCCCAUGAAUAACGACGAAGUUUUCGUCCACUACACUGGAAAGCUACUCAACGGGACCGUGUUCGACUCGAGCGUGGAGAGAAGCGAGCCGUUCAAUUCAAACUGGGCACCGGCGCCGUCAUAA